CUGUAUUUUAUAGCUGAUGGAACCGAUUUCUCUUCCGUAAAAGAAGCCACACCCUCUGAACACCAAAUUCUUCAACGUAAGACAACAACCAUGGGAAAAGGCAGCAUGAAGAGAUUCAAAGACAAGUAUGGUGUGAAAACCAAGGCACCGAUCAAAACUCCAAAAUGUAAAACCACUCUUGGGAAGACCAAAAAUAAGAAAACGAGGAACGGAGUCGACAAAGCAAUCAUGGCACAGUCUUGUGGAAAAUUGAAAAGCAGCUCUCGAAGGGCAAGGAAGGUGGAAAAACAAGAAGAGCCACAAGAUGAAGGUGAAGAGGAGGAAGAAGAGCUCUCCAGCAGGACUAGUGAGUCUUCAGGAAAAGAGAAUGAAUUUUACCCUUGCCUUCUGAAGCAGACAAGGACUUGUGGCACUGACCAGUGUGGACAUUGUGGGACAUCUUGUAAUUUGACUUCAAAACACAUUAAGAUGGAAUCAGAAAGUGAAGAAAAGAGAGUUCAGGCAUGCAAAGGAAGCAAGGUUCCUGUUGACUCUAUAGCCCAGGCUCUAAGUGCCUAUGGCUCAAUGGCAAGGAAAAGAAGUGCCCAGGAAGCAGUGUGUGGAGCCCCGGUUAACAAGAGGAAGUCUCUUCUGAUGAAACCCCGCCACUACAGCCCCAGCAAUGACUGUGAUGAGGAGACUGAGGACCUGGCAGAAAUAGAGGACAAAGACGAGCUGAGGAGCAUUGACACUCCAGCAGGUGGGAAUUUAAAGAAGACUGAAGAAAGCUCGGACACAGACAAAAUACUUUGCAAGAAAAGCUUCCAAAAUACUGUCACAAAAAUCCAAGAAUCACAGGAAUUGUCUGAGGAUGUCACUGCUGAAAGCUCCCUGCAUGAAACUGGUACUCAGUGCACACAGCCAGACAGUGAAGGUGAAGUGCAAGACCAAGCAAAGGAGGAUGAAAACAAUGUCAGCGUGGGGGUUCAGAGUGUGACUUAUUGCUCUUCAGGGCACGGCGAACACAGCUGUGAGAACAGGAAGGGUGAGUGGGAUGGUUUGGCCAACUUUACCAAGGUGAAUGGCAUAAAUGGAAGUCCAUCAGAGAACACAAACGAUUCACCGGGGAAGAAAGGAAAUGCAAGAAAGUAUGACGCAGAUGAAACAGAUUCAGAUCCAGAUGGCCAAAUAAAGAUACCACAGAGCCUUCAGGGAGGAGACCUGAACUGUAGGAAGGAUUUAAGUGAAAGUGAAGAUGAGGCAGAGGUAGUUGACACAGAUGAAGUCUGGACCUCAGAAGUUUCGGAGAACGCUUUUGACUUUGACAGGGCUAAAGGGAACUUGAGCCUUCUUGAACAGGCCAUCGCUCUUCAGUCUGAGCAGCGACAGGUUCUUCACAAUGCUUACAAGGAGAUGGACAGGUUCUUACUGGAGCAGAUGAGCGGGGAAAGGAGGCACCACAGACUCAUAGACAUUGAUGCCAGGCAAAGCUACAACGGAUGUAAAGACUCUCCAAGAUCUGAUAAAAAAGAAAUAAAGUGCCCUACACCAGGUUGUGACGGUACAGGCCAUGUGACUGGGCUCUACCCACACCACCGAAGUCUGUCUGGAUGUCCACACAAAGUCCGAGUACCACCUGAGAUUCUUGCCAUGCAUGAAAAUGUCCUUAAGUGCCCAACACCAGGAUGCACAGGAAGGGGUCACGUCAACAGCAACCGUAGCACACAUAGGAGCCUUUCAGGCUGCCCUAUUGCUGCAGCUGGGAAAAUAACAAAACCUCAGGAGGAAAGUCAAAAAUCUGGACAAAUUGCUGACAGGUUGUCCAGGCCCCCAGGACUGAUGAAGCCAUUUGAAAUUCCUCAGUACAACUAUAGAUUUGCACAGCCCGUCACCACACUCCAGGCUAGCAUUGCAAAGGAUCUUGACAAGUAUGGCAAAGUCCGCUUUGAUUAUGCCAGCUUCGACGCACAGGUCUUCGGCAAACGCACAGCUGCACCAGCCGCACAGGACCAAGAAGCUUCUCACUUCUCUGACUCUUCCCUGCAGUAUGCCAGUCCCCUGACAUCCAGCAGUCGGAUGACUGUUCCCCAAGGACAAAGCCCCUGUAAUUCAAGCACCUACAGCUACAACCCUGAUAGCGACGAGGCUCAUGCAGCUGCUGCGGCUGCCGCCAUUCUUAACCUGUCUACCAGAUACAGAGGGACCGCCAAUGGAGUUUCUGCCAGGCCCCAGGCCCUGUCCACAAAGGAUGUACUUAUUGAAGUGGACGAAAACGGCACACUGGACCUGAGCAUGAAAAAGAAUCGUGACAGGGUAAAAGCUCCACCUGUGGUGCCUUUGGGAAUAGCUCUGCCUACACCUGAGUCUUCACCAUCGAAGUCUGGCAGCAUCCGGGUCACCCCUGCGUUUUACCAGGCACUAUGUGAGCAGGAAGGAUGGGAUACUCCUCUUAAUUACAGCAAAGCACACAUAAUAAGAGACAAAGAGAAAGAUGAAGUUGAAAAUGAAGUCCAAGAGGAAAGAAAAUACCCUGGUGAUGUUACUAUUCCAAGUCCCAAGACCAAAGUGUUCUCCAGGGACAAUAAAAAAGAGCUGAUGAGCUGUCCAACUCCAGGAUGUGAUGGAAGUGGCCAUGUGACAGGAAAUUAUGCUUCACAUCGAAGUGUUUCUGGGUGCCCGCUUGCUGACAAGACUCUCAAAUCCCUAAUGGCUGCCAAUUCUCAGGAACUCAAGUGCCCAACACCUGGAUGUGAUGGAUCAGGCCACGUGACUGGAAACUAUGCCUCACACAGAAGCCUAUCGGGUUGUCCACGAGCCAGGAAGGGAGGACUGAAGCUUACACCAAACAAGGAUGAGAAGGAAGAGCAAGAAAUUAAAUGUCCAGUAAUAGGCUGUGACGGCCAAGGUCACAUAUCGGGCAAAUAUACAUCCCACCGCAGUGCAGGAAGCUGCCCUAUAGCUGCCAAGAGACAGAAGGACAGCUCUAUUAAUGGAACUCCAUUCUCCUGGAAAGUCAGCAAACAGGAGCUGCCACAUUGUCCUCUGCCAGGAUGUAAUGGAUUGGGUCAUGCUAAUAAUGUCUUUGUCACUCACAGGAGCUUGUCAGGGUGCCCUCUGAAUGCUCAGUCAAUCAAGAAAAAGCUUUCAGGGGAGGAGAUGAUGACAAUUAAACUCAAAGCAAGCAGCGGUAUAGAAAAUGAUGAAGAGAUGAAACAUCUGGAUGAAGAGAUCAAGGAGUUAAAUGAGUCCAACCUGAAAAUAGAAGCUGACAUGAUGAAACUCCAGACUCAGAUAUCAUCAAUGGAAUGUAAUCUAAAAACAAUUGAAGAAGAAAACAAGCUGAUUGAGCAGCAUAAUGACAGCCUGCUGAAGGAGUUGGCACGCUUGAGUCAGGCGCUUAUCAACAGUCUGACUGACAUACAACUCCCUCAAAUGGGGCCAAUCAGUGAGCAGAAUUUUGAAGCCUAUGUGAACACUCUGACAGACAUGUAUAACAAUUCAGAGCGUGAUUAUUCUCCUGAAUGUAAAGCUCUCCUUGAGAACAUCAAACAGGCUGUAAAGGGCAUUCAUGUGUAAGCUCCCCACUCCCUAGUCAGCACGAAA